AUGGAGUAUAAUCUCGACGAGCUAGACACGUCCCUCAGCUCGGCGACGACGCACCAGCCGUCCGUCGGACCACAAAAUAACCACGGUGGUCGUGGUAGCCGCCCCAACCCCGUCCGACGGGGGAGUUCGACGCCAAACGUGCCGGCCACCCGUCGUGGCUCUCUCGUGCCGUCUGCCGAUUUGGCUGGUCCAGUACCGCCAGGCUCAGGACGGCGCCGUCAGCCUAGACUCCAUGAGCUGAACCUGUUCCACUUUGACCUCCGGGAGCUGGUCAAGGACUUGCUGCUUACCGAUGGCGAGAGUCAGUUGUCGUACCAUGAGUAUGCCGUCUUUUCGGCCCCGGACGCACUCGAUGAGCCGGUCUCGCCGUCCAUCAUGUCCAAGGAUGAUGACGGCUUGCGCAUGUUUCACGAUGCCAUGAGGAAUGGGCACGGGCUAGAUGAUGAGGGUAACUUUACAGCGGCCCCAAAAGGCAAAUCCCGUUUACAGGCAAGGGUACGGCAGAUCAUUGCAAAUCGCCGGAUUCGCCCCAACAACCUCGAUUCGGCCGCCAGCACUCCCGACGGACUCUUUCUCACGGUUAAUGAUUAUGAAUCUCUCGGACUCCACUCGGGGACUCUUUCCUCGGCCCAAAGAAUCACUGUCGAGUCCAUGUUCUGGAACCCCCGCCGGGAUGUCUUGAACCUUAUUCUCAGUUUUUCCAACCACCCACAGCCUCCGUAUGACUUUCUCUCCAUGAAAUAUGAGUUACGGAAUCGCACCACGACGGCACUGAUCAGGCGCUCUUUUGACACGAGAUGGCACGACGAAGAAUCGCUGGACGAAUAUGAACGUCGUCUUGAUGCUAGUCGUGACCGGUGGGCACAUCCACUUGUGCUCCCAACAGUCUUGCUCCAGGUCCAGCUUCUCCGAACCGAAGAGGCAGUGGUAGCAAACAAUGGCGAGGUUCUCGAACUAGAAGGCCGAGUGGACGACUUGACCGGGAGUCCUAGGCGUGCCGCCGCCGAGGCCGCCGAGGCCGCCCGGAGACUGUCGGCCAAGAGUGAAAACCAGCCGCUCAAGCUCGACGAUGAUUACAUACCACCGCAGACAAUUCAUCUUAUGAAGGAGGCACACGAUGUAUUGAAGGGUGCGAUUCAACUACUCGAUACGCUCCGAUGGAUGGAGCGAGCCGUCAAGCUUCUUAUUCAAGCGGGCGAUGAACUCGAUAAUCGCAUGAUGGAGUUGAGACAGCAGAAUGCCAGUAGAUCGGCGCUCCCAGAAGACGACGAGAAUGAGCUUUCCAAUCACUGGCACGAGAUCCGGCAGUAUCUUGAUUGUACGUGGCGGCUAUGUACAUCGCUUGAGACGGACAGACGAAUGUCGGAACUGCGUUGUCGCGCACAGAUUGACAUUAUCUACUCGAAAAUGGCUCAGGAAGACAACAACCUGAACGCCCGCAUGGCAGUGGCUUCUACUAGAGACAGUUCGUCGAUGAAGGCUCUGGCUGUCAUUACAGCUAUUUUCCUGCCGGGCGAGUUCAUUAGCAGUUUGUUCGGCAUCUCAAUGUUUGACUGGGAGUGGGGCACCGCCAGCGACAGCGCUCUCGGCGACGACGCCCCAGGGGAUGAGUACCCUCACCCUGUCAUCAUGCCAUUAUUCUGGGUGUAUUGGGCAUUCACAUUGCCCCUGACCAUCUUUAUUGUGGUGCUUUGGAGAGCCUGGUGGGUGAACCAAGACCGCUUCUUCCGGCGACACCUGAGCAUGGAGCUCAGCAACGAGCGGUACUGGACGACCGACGGUAAGCCGCGCGAAUUGGAGACUUCUUUUACGCAGGACUUUUUCAGCCUAUUCCAGCGAAGCGGUGCCGGUAGCACCUCCAACUCAACCAUUCUAGGCUCGAUGCGGCGGAGGACCCUGAGCAUUGACUCGCAGAACCACAAACGCAACAACGGUGUCAACUUUAGCGCUAGCACGACGAUGGGCAAGGAUAAUGACUUUAUUGGUCAGGACCCUGGCGAUGGCAUGGCGACGCGGAUGAGGACGAUAUCGUUUGCACGUGAACCUCGAACGCUUUCGCCGUCGCGAGCGGUCUAG